AUGCACGAAUCGUUGGCAUCCCCUAACGUGAAGUUGAGAGUGUACGUUAAGGUCGUGGGUAAGUUUAGAUCCACUUGGACUCCAGAUGGGCUCCCAGAAAGUAGCUCGAUUGCUGCUUUUCCUUACAUUAACAGCCGUACGAUUAUCCUGAGCACAAUCGUCAUUCACAGCCGCAAGAUUGAAGCUGAGAACGUAAUCCAAAACGUCAUACCUGCAGCUGCAUAUGAUAUCGUCAUGCACAAGAACAUUGUUUGCCGUAGCUUGAAUGAGUGCUCCAUUAGGAUUAAGGUCGGCGUUGACCACAAUAAUAGGAAGGAAUUAAAAGUGUAA